GCAUGGGACUUCCCAGAUGGCUGCCAAAACUCACCACCCGGUUCAAACGGCAACCGUUAUUUCACUCAAAUACUGCCUAGUAAUUCAUCAAUGCGCACUUAUGGUCUUGGCAUGCAUAUUCAUCGGCUUUUCUUCUUGGCUGCUGUUGUGGACUGAUGAGUAUACACUGUUGGAAACAGUCACUCAAACGUAUUACUACUCUGCCGGUCGGCUACUGCUCUUGGUCGCCUCGCUGUGCUCAGCGUUAUUGGCAUUGUUCGGUUGCUGUAUUGUGAACUUGGAGGCAUCUGCGUCUAUGCUAACGCAUUCUAUCUGCUCUAUCCUUCUAACCAGCAUGUUCCUUGGCACCGCAGCCUGUGGUUUCAACAUUCUCCGAGAGUUGCGAUUUGUGCUUCCGAAAAAAUUACAUUUCGCAAUGACACGCUACUACGGCAUUAAUUCGAUAAUUGGCAGAAAUCGGGAGCUCACACGAGCUAUUGAUGAUAUUCAGUUCAACUUCAAAUGCUGUGGGAUCGCUGGGGAUCGAACUAGUUCUUCCUCUUGGUUUAUCUAUCGCGAACAAAGCACAUGGUACUAUCUAUCCAAUAUGAAGAAUUCUAGCGUCGAGUUACCGCCAUUUGUACCAGACAGCUGCUGUGUCUACGAAGGUGCCCUGAACAAUUUCCAAACCUAUGAAGCGAUUUUGAAUAACUUCGGCAAAAUCCUUAAUCGUGAGGUGUGUGUAGGACUCAAAUCCCUAUUCCGCAACGAUGUGUUAGCCCCCAUCGCCAGUGAUCCGGCAAGUGUCACAAGACCAAACAAAUAUUUACAUGAAACGGGAUGCCUGACACUUGUCUAUCCAAUCUACAAACACUAUGCCACGUUGCUCGGGGGAUUAGGUCUAGGAGGGGCUGUGUUAGCGAUCAUUGGCCUGGCGAUCUCCUGCCUGCUGCUCUGGCACAUAGAGCACGAACGGCUUUUACAAAUUUCCGAAAAACACAUUCCGGUGAUCGAAAACACAUGCAGUCAUGGCGCAAGUUCAGGACUCCCUUAUACCAAACCGACCACAUCAGCCAUAAGGACACUAAGCGAAGUGCCUUGAGUCAAAGAAACAGCGGGCUUUACUCACUGCAUUUUCAA